UAGCUGAACAAGCCCAAAAACAAACAAAGGUCUAUCAGCCAACACACCCACUAAUAAACUGCUUUUUGCAUACUGGAGCCAAUAACCCAAAUGGCAGCAACGGCUAAAUUGGCAAGGCAAAUAGGCGCAUUGGCCACAAGAGGAGGAUGGUACGGCCCUCACAUGGCUGCGGCCUCUCGUGCCAUCGCCGAACGACUUCCAUUGGUUGAUCUCGUUCUUGAAAUCAGAGAUGCAAGGAUUCCAUUGUCAUCAGAGUAUGAGCAAUUGAGAAACUACCCAUCUUCCUCUAGGCGGAUCAUAGUGAUGAACAAGAUGGACCUUGCAAAUCGGUCUCAGAUUAAGGAAUGGAAGAGGUAUUUUGAGCAACAAAACUGCAUCUCUUAUGGAGUCAAUUCCCAUAAUAAGGAAAAUAUAAAGGAGUUGCUGAAUUUUUUACUAGCCCGAGUCAGAGAAUUGAAGAGGACAAAUGAUUUCAAUUAUACAGCAGUGAUAAUGCUUAUUGGGAUUCCGAAUGUUGGUAAGUCAGCCCUUGCCAACUCUUUGCAUCAGAUUGGGAGGAUUAGUGCUGCAGAGAAAGGAAAGUUGAAGCAUGCAAUAGUGAGUCCAAAUCCAGGUGAGACAAAAGAUAUCAGCAGCUUGAAGAUAGGUAGUCAUCCCAAUGUUUAUGUGCUGGACACCCCAGGUGUUUUACCUCCUAAAAUUCUCGACACUGAGAUCUACUCCAAGUUAGCUUUAACAGGAUCAAUUAGAGAUUGCUUAGUAGGGGAAAGGGAAAUUGCUCAAUAUUUUCUAGCUCUUCUUAAUUCAAGUGAUGAAUACAAAAAAUGGGCGAAGUUGUCCAUGAAUGUGAAUGACAGAAUAUUCUUAGACCUCAAAGUAGAGGGUUUAAGUAGCUGUGAAUUGGACAAAAAACAGAAAAGGCAAUACCCCACAGAUCAUACACAGGAUUUCAUUGUACAUGAUGUCCGUCGGACUCUCUUUGAGACAAUUUCUUCUUUUGAUGGCAAUGUGCAAGUUGGAGAGGAUUUGAGCAGGCUUAUUGAGACACAGUUUACUUCAUUGCGUGAAGCUUUUCAGGUUCCUGUGGAACUUGGUGAGGAGGCUCAAAAUAAAGCUGCUACUAAGUUACUGAAUCUUUAUCGUACUGGGCGAUUGGGACAUUAUACUUUAGAUUCUUUACCUUGUCACACUUAGUGUUAUCUUUUGAAUCUUUAUUGUAUUAUAUUCACUAUUUUGAAAGUGUUCUUUUAUUGAUUUUGGCAAUGAUGCUUUUUUCUCUUUCUAAUAGUUAUUGUAAU